UUUGUUUAUGCGGACGGUGAAAAAUAAUGUACCUGUGGUUUGUUGUCAUCGUAGUUUUGGCUUACGUUAUCUGUUUAAAGUACAUUUAUUAUCGACAUAGGCGGUCGUUUAAAAAUGAAAUCAAUUAUUUACUCAGCUUGGAAGCACAUGGGGCUGGUAGAGAAUGUCUGAUUGUAACCGCGCAUCCGGAUGAUGAAUGCAUGUUCUUUGGACCAACGAUCAUACGACUUAUUGAAUGUAAUGUCAUCGUGCAUUUGCUUUGUUUAUCGGAAGGUAACUACUGCAAUCAAGGUGUACAGCGUAAACAAGAACUUUUCAACAGCUGUGCUAAAUUGGGGAUACAUCCCUCCAGAAUUACCAUACUAGACCACAAGAAACUUCCAGACGACCCCAAAGCAGAAUGGAGGGUCUCCCUGCUAAACUCUAUAAUUGCAAAGCACUUGAGAGCCCACUCUAUCAACAUGGUGCUGACGUUCGAUGGAAGAGGAGUGAGUGGCCAUAGCAAUCACAUAGCUAUCUAUAAAGCUGUCAGGCAUCUCGCUACCACUGACCAACUACCUAAAGACUGCUGUUUGUUCUCUUUAGUGUCUGUCGGCCUGCUCAGGAAAUAUGUCUCCUUCCUAGAACUUCCUCUCAGCUGGCUGCUUCCCUCAUCCCUUUGCUGCAUAAUAGGCUCAAAGGGCUACAAGCAGUGCAAAGCCGCAAUGCUUUGUCAUCGCACUCAACUGGUUUGGUUUCGGUAUCUUUACAUCACCUUCUCACGCUACAUGUUUGUUAACACAUUCCAGAUGAUUCCACAAGGACCAAAGGUUGAGAAAAUGUAUUAAAAAUGUUAUACUUGUAGCUAUAUAUAAAUUAAAUAAGCUGUGAAUAUACUUGAAAAAGACACAGAAUAGGUCAUUGGUGUCAUAAAGUCAUUGCCAUUACUUAGUACACUCAAUUUACAGCCGCAAUAAACUUUAUUAUGUUUAGUCAGUAUUGUUUACAGAAAAGAUGUAAAGCUUUGGUUUUUUUUCUAUUAUACUGCUGAUUAAAAACUAAAACUAAGAAUUAUUUUGUCUCUU